CUCCACUUACCUCCGUUAUCGAAGGACGGACUCGGAACAGAAAAUCUCGUCCUCGAUUUCUAACAUCUAGAAUUACAAAGCCUACGCACUGAGGGAUGCUGGGCCACCUCUCGCUCAAGUAAACCGGAACCCGAGCACUUAACUCCGCAAUACACUCUUGACCAGCAACAGUAUAUCAACCAAUCCACCUCAAUCACAGAGCUAUAGUAUCACAUUCCACGGUCCACGGUCCACGGUCCACAGUCUACAGUCUACAGUCUACAAUCCACGGUUCACGCAGUUCGAACUAUUCACACCCCCGAUCUCAAAGUGCUUCCAACAAUCCACCGACCCCAACACCCCCAAGAACAAUGACUACCUACCUGAUAACCGGCGCAACCCGGGGCAUCGGCCUCGAACUCACGCGCCAACUGGCCGCCAAGCCCGCCAGUGAAGUUCGGCAGAUUUUCGCCGCCGCGCGAUCAUUAUCAUCACCGUCACUAUCAUCGACAACAACCAGCCAAACGCCAUCCGACUUCCAUGCCCUCGUGAAAGAGCAUCCCUCGCGCAUCACGCCCGUCCCCCUCGACAUCACCGACGAAGCCGGCGUGCGACGAGCCGCGCAGUUGGUCGAGCAGGCGCUGGAGGGCCGGGGGUUGGAUGUACUGAUCAACAAUGCGGGGGUGAUGGGGCGGGGGUCGUUGAUGGAGAUGAACGACCUCACCUCCUCCUUCGACGUCAACGUCAACGGCCCGCAUCUCGUCACGCGCGAGUUCCUCCCGCUGUUACGGAGGGGCGCCACGAAGAAGAUUGUGAAUAUCUCCACAACCGUCGGCUCCUUCGCGAUGCAGUCCGUCUACCGGGAGGCCAUGAGCCAGUCGUACAAGAUCACCAAGGCGGCGCUGAACAUGCUUACCGUGCUGUACGCGCAGGAACUCGAGCAGGAGGGGUUCGCGGUGUUUUGCGUUAGUCCGGGGUGGCUCCAAACCGAGAUGGGCGGUCCGCGGGCGGAUCUCCCGGUGGCAGACGGCGUGCGCGCAACGCUGGAGAUCAUCCUCAACAAGGGGAAGGAGGGGAACGGGCGGUUUUUCAACAUCCACAUUCCGGGCUGGAAUUCGGGGUGGAAUCGGUAUGAUGGCGGGGAGUGUGCGUGGUAGGUUGGUUGCUCUUCUGCUCUGUAACGGAGAG